AUGGCAAAUACUGACGAGGCUCAAUUCGAGAUCGACCCCGAGCUCAAAGCGGUACGGAACAAUCAUAGCAUUAACGAAGGAGAUGCAUUUAUUGACGGGAAUCAGCGAUUCACGAAGAGCGCCUUCGUUCGAGAAUCUCUAGGCGACAAUGUUGCUGAGCGUUGUGAGGAAGAAGAUGGGCACGUGGUCGUUAGAGAUGGUCUGGAAACUGAAGAAUUCAUCUAUCGGCUUCUGGUGACGAAACUGAAUAUCAUUAUCAUCAGCAUUGCUUACCGACUAGCGCCUGAGUUCCUGUAUCCAACAGAAAUUAAUGAUAUUUACGACGCCAUUAAAUGGGCUGCUGUGAGCGCAAGCACUGUAGGUGGAGACCUUUCAAAAGGAUUCCUCACGGGAGGUGUCUCUCGAUGUGGAAACUACACCGAUAUAGCCACUAUUCUUGCAAGAGUCGAUGGGCUAGAGCCGGCAUUGACGGGUCAUUUAUACAUCUGGACCGGCAUCCCCCAUCGGUUCGAGGGUGAGAACGGGAAUGCCAUCGAUCUGUUCCCAGACCAACUGGCGCACGGCAGCUGGGAGACAUACAAGCACGGCCCGGUCGCAUCACGUGAAGUGAGCAAGUUCUAUGCAGGUUGA